AUGUUUUCUCAAGAUAUGAAAUUCUUUUCACUAAUUCUAUUCGUUGCGUCUCAUGUAUCGAUAACAACAACAUUUGCAUUUUCACAAAAUAAUAAUAAUUCAACUCAAAAUGAUAAUCAACAACAAUAUUUUUUAAUCUUUCGAUCACCACCAUCACAAGAGUUACUAAAAAAUCUUUCAUCACAAUAUUCAAAUGUUGGUGAAUUAAUUACUUUUAGUGAAAAUUUACACUUUUUACCGGGUGAAUUUGAUAAUGAAUUUAUUGAAACUUUUAAAGAUUAUAAUGAAAGUGAUGAGAAUUCUUUGAAUAAUAAAAAAAAUUGGAUUAUUGCUGAAAAUGGAAUUGUUAGAGCUUUAGAUAAUGUAAUAUCUGAUGAUUAUGUAACUGAAAAUUCGAAUUUUCAAAAGUUUAAUCAUGGAAUAUUUGAAAAUAAGAAAAAUAAUAUUUGUGUACAAAACUCUGUUCAAAGUUGGGGAUUAGAUAGAAUUGAUCAACGUACACCCACGUUGUCGAAAACUUAUUCGUAUCCUGAAUCCGCUGGUUAUGGUGUAGAUGUCUAUGUUAUUGAUACAGGGAUCGAUAUCGAUCAUCCAGAAUUCGAAGGUCGCGCAAGUUGGGGCAUUACUACUACUAAACAAAACACGGAUAAGGAUGAAAAUGGACAUGGCACUUUUGUCGCUGGCAUAAUUGGAAGUAAAACUUAUGGUGUGGCAAAACGAGUCAAUCUUAUCGCUGUUAAAUCGCUUGACGAUGAAGGAACUGGCUCGGUUCAAAGUGUUCUUUAUGGACUACAAUAUGUAAUUCAAAGUCAUAUGGCUAAAGGUGGCAAAGCAAAAACAGUCGCAAACUUGUCCUUAGGAUCUGAAUAUAAUAGAGCAGUGAAUCUCGCUGUCAGUGAAUUGGUCAAGCAUGGAAUAAUCAUAACGGCAGCAGCGGGAAAUGGAUACGAAGGAAAAGGUAUCGAUGCAUGCAAUGUAUCACCAGCGAGUGCUCGAACAGCAAUAACUGUUGGAUCAACCACUCCAACAGAUUAUAUUUCGCGUUUUUCGAAUUAUGGUGAAUGUGUGAAUUUAUUUGCUCCAGGUCAAGGAAUCCUCUCUUCUUAUCCUUCUCCAUUAAACGGUUCUUCAAUUAAAUCAGGAACUUCAUUUGCUUGUCCUUAUGUUGCUGGUGUAGUUUCAUUAAUCCUAUCUGAAUUGAAGCCACAACAAAUGUCAUUAUUGUCCAUCAAAUCUUCGAACGCACGACCAAUAUCUAUCCUCAAUUUGUUAGAAAAACUUGCAACAAAAAAUGUAAUUAGUGGAUUAGAUGGAACAUUAAGUCCAAAUAUGUUGGUAUACAAUCAAGUACAAGAACUUACAAGUUUCGAAAGUGCUGGAAACUUAUUCAUUGUUAAAGAUUUUUGGAGUUGGCUUUUGACUUUUUGUGUAUUGCAUUUGAUUUUUUUGCAAGUUUUAAAGCUGGGCUAUCAACAAAUUUUUUAG